AUGGUGGUGCGCUUGCAGGCCGACCACUGGAGGCUUGGAACCGGAAGUGGAGAUUUGCUCCACCUCGCAGCAGUGCGCUCCUAUGCGAUUAACAACCAGCCUACGCUUAAGUACGUCCCAGUCCCGGAGCCGGAGCACGACGACUUUAGUGGGGAGCCGACUACAUACCCUCAGCUGCUGAAGGCAAUUAAAUCGGCAAGGGGUCUUAGACGCUUGCAGCACUUGCUCUCAGCGCACAGUGAGCGCUUUGACGCCGUGCAUGUUGCGGCUGCGGUUGCCUGCCUCCCAAAGCUUAUCAGUUAUCGCACUGCGGACCUCGUGGACCGCAGCAACACCGUAGUUGUGCCCACGCCAGGCCUGCCGCGCAUGCGCCGUAAGCACGGUGCGCAGCCCAAGCAGACCCACCUGCAGGAAGGUGGUCGAUUGGCAGCGCGGCUAGAUUACAUGUUGCCCUCGCACGUGCACAAGUUCUUUCCACGCCAGGUGGCCUGCACGAUUUGGGCGUUCGGUGAGCUUCGGCGCAUGGGUGUCGUGGACGGCAUGUCGUCACUGCCGGAUGUGCUGUUGGCCGUAACAAAGGGCGAUUUCGAGCCCCUGCGUGUGCAUGGCCACGGCGUGGACCUCGCGCAGAUCCUACAGGGCCUGGCCAAGCUCGGGUAUGGCGACCUUCAGCUUGUGGGGAAGCUGGUGUCGCUGCUAGAACAGCGAGUAGAAUCCAUGCAGCAGCGCGAACUCCAAAUGUCCGUGUGGUCGCUUGCGAACUUGGGGUACCAUAGCCCCGGCGUAUAUAACCAAGUUGCCGACCAGCUGCUCCGUACGGGCACAGCCUUCCUGUUGCCCAGCGGGUGCUCAUCCGCUUUCUGGGCUUAUGCCAAGGCCGGCGUUACCAACCGGAUCGACUUGUUCAAUGUUUUGGCUGGGAGCAUGCUGGGUCAGGCGACGCUGUUGGCGCCACAGGAUGCGGCGACGACGCUGUGGGCCUGCAGCAGGCUGGGCUACCAUAACACGCAUCUGAUUACGACGCUUUGUGAUGCUGUGGUGCGCAACCUGGCAACGUGUAGUGACUUAGAGGUGUCGUCUGUCGCGGAGUCGUUGGCCAGACUGGGUCACCGGCACCAGGGACUGAUGGACACUCUGGCGACGGCAAUUCUGGCGGAGCCGGUUAUUGGUGCGCACCCCACGUGCAUAGCGCGGGUGCUGUUCGCGUAUGGGAAGCUGGGUUGCCGCUCCCCGCGGGACGUAGAGCUUGCGUCGGUUCUGGCAGCCGCGCUGGUGCCACAAUUGCCGGUCGUGCGGGAGGACACGUUGGCAAUGGCUUGCAAAGGUCUGGCCAUGUUCGGGUACAAGGACCAGAGAGUGCUCGCUGCGUUUGGGUCACGGGCGGAACGGCUCCUUCCGGAUUGCAGCGAGGCGCACCUGCUGCCCGUCCUCCGGCUAUUGGGCAGCGCUGGCUGCCAGCAUUACCAGCUAGCCGUCGCGUCAGCACGGCAUUUACAGGCAGUUAUCCUUCCCAGCAGCAAGCGUUGUAGUGCAUCCGCUGCUGUGGAGGUCCUGUAUCUUUGUGCCCGUCAGGGCGUCGAAGACCCCUCGGCAGCGGCAGAGCUGAUGGCGUUUGCAGCCGCCCGUGAGCAAGAACUGACCCCUGUCGACGCUGCACGGCUGUUUGUUAUAGGGCAG